AGGGCGGCAAGAAGAUGUGGCUCUGUACCUGAAGGUGGAUAUGGCUUCGGAGUUCCUGCGAUAACCAGAUUGGAGUUAUAGGUAGAUGGUUUCCAAUUUUCACAUUGAUUAGAGCCGUUAUCAGUGGGGCUUCCUUGCUUGAAGCACAGACUGUUACAAGCUUGCAGAGUAUUUAAAUGGGAAAUCCCAUUUACAAUGCAGAUAGAUUUACAACAGGAACUGCAAAAAGUUUAGUCAGCAGGCUAAAUAGCAUUUUCUCAGAUGACCUUCCCUUGGCAGCUCCAGCUGCCAAUUUGAAGGCCAAUGAGCUUGAUCUGGUUAGGGGUGUCUUACGAAUGCUACAAGGAUUCUCCAGUUCAGUGUUUUUCUGGGAUGAUGGAGGGCAAAGUUUCUGUGCCAAAAAUGAGAUUUAUGUGACUCACCUUUCGCAGACAAGUCUCAGGGUCAUUCUCAACCAGUUUAUCUAUGGUGCAACAUGCUUCCAGCUGGUUGAAAUUUUCAUCAAAAAGAUGGAGAGAUCUUCUUUGGGAUCACCUCCUACCUUGAAGGCAUUUGCAAGUUCUGUGUCUUCAUGGCUUAAGAGAUUGCGUGAUGUUGCUUUAAGGGAGGAAAUGAAAAUAGCUGAGUCUGAUGCUAAAACCACUCCAACCCUCCUAGGAUUAGUAAAUUCCUUAUCAAGCCUUUGUGCAAGUGCUGAAUAUCUACUGCAAGUAGUGCGUGAAGCAAUACCCAAUGUUUACCUUGAGGCUGGAUCUUCUUUUCCAGCUGGUGAAUUAGCAGUUCAUAUCCUCGACCACCUUUACCAGAAGUUAAAUGAAGUUUGUCUCAUGCAAGGUGGCGAGGAAGAAUCAUACCAGAUGCUCUUGUAUAUAUUUGUUGGGAGUUUAUUUCCAUACAUUGAGGGGCUUGAUUCCUGGCUUUAUGAUGGAACUCUUGAUGAUCCAUUUAAGGAGUUGUUUUUUUAUGCCAAUAAUACAAUAUCAAUCGAUGAGGCUGCAUUCUGGGAAAAGAGCUAUCUAUUGAGACCAUUACAACACCAAACGUUAGAUCCUGGGCUCUCUUCUGUUACUUGUGCCAGCAAUGGUGAAUCAGUAAAAGGGACUGAUCAGAGUGGAGUAGUCAUUGAAGUCUGUCCUCUGUUCAUUAGGGACAUAGCCAAAGCUAUUGUGUCUGCAGGAAAAUCACUACAGUUAAUCCGGCAUGUUCCUGGGGAAUAUAAAACAAUAUCUGAUUGUAUUGAUGGUUAUGGAAGUCAUGUGGGUGGGAAUGACUUGAGUGGGAUACUUUGUCGGAAGAGCAUUGGGGGGUUAACCUUGUCAGAAGUAUUCAGCCUAUCCUUGGUGGGUCUCAUAGGUGAUCAUGAUCACAUCUCUAUGUACUUAAAGCAGGAUAGUCCAUGGAACCCCUCAUUUACCCAUUUGCUCGAGUCUUGUACAAGGAAACAGAAGCUGGCAGAAGGAAAUGACGCAACUUCCCUAGCUUCUACUUUCUCGGAGAAGAUAUGGUUCAAGUUCUUAGAUGAUAGAGUGUUACAGAAAAAGGAGAGCUGUUCAAAAUCUGCAGUCAAGGGUGCAAAAAGUUCUCAUGAAGUGAAGGAUAAAGAUAUAGCUCAUAAUUUUUUGAAUGAAUCAACUUUCCUUUGUUCAUUCUGUCCUGAAAAUCCUGUUAUCACUGUAUGCCAAACACCACUGCUUGAAAACAGUGAAAAGUGGAAUAUGUUGCACUUAGGUAGAAAUUUCCACCUCCCUCCUUUAAAUGAUGAGAAUUUACGAGAAGCUAUUUUUGGUGUAAAAGAUAGAACACCCUAUGCAGUCAGAGGGACAGACUUUACUUUCGGUUUUCAAUUUGGGGAGUCUGAAUAUAUUCGUUCAGAGGAUGACAUGAAGACAUUAAGAGAAUUGUACUUCUUCCCGACCAUUCUACCUUCUUUUCAGGAAGACCUGUGUAUUUCAGAGGUCUUACCUUUCCAGAGAAACAGCACCUUGGUCUCAAGAGUUCUUAACUGGAUUGGAAGUUUUGAAGCAAAGGCUACUCCACUUCCUCUUGUUAUUAUGCAGGAAUGCUUCAUUGUCUACAUCAAGAAACAGGUGGAUUACAUCGGCAGGCAUAUCUUGUUAAAGUUGAUGAAUGGUUGGAGAUUGAUGGAUGAGCUUGGAGUAUUGCGUGCUAUUUACUUGUUGGGUUCAGGUGACCUGCUGCAGCAAUUUCUGACUGUUCUUUUUGAGAAGUUGGACAAGGGAGAAUCUUGGGAUGAUGAUUUUGAGUUGAAUACGAUACUACAGGAAUCCAUUAGAAACUCUGCUGAUGGAAUGCUUAUAAGUGCACCGGAUUCGUUGGUUGUGUCAGUCACAAAACAGCAUGCUUCCAGUGGUGAUGGUCAACAUAAUGCAGCUAACCUUGUCUCGACUCCUCAUAAAGGUCGCAACCUCUUGUUUGGGGUUGAUGCCCUUGAUUUACUGAAAUUCACAUACAAGGUCUCUUGGCCCCUUGAACUUAUUGCUAACACUGAGGCAAUUAAAAAAUAUAACCAGGUCAUGGGUUUCUUAUUGAAAGUGAAGCGUGCAAAAUUUGUUCUUGACAAAGCUCGAAGGUGGAUGUGGAAGGGUAGAAGCACUGCAGCAAUCAAUCAUAAGCAUCACUGGUUAGUGGAGCAGAAGCUCCUCCAUUUUGUGGAUGCUUUCCACCAAUAUGUCAUGGACAGGGUCUUUCAUGGUGCAUGGCAUGAACUCUGUGAAGGUAUGGCAUCAGCUGGUUCUCUUGAUGAAGUCAUUGAUGUGCACGAGGCCUACCUCUUAUCUAUCCAGCGCCAGUGCUUUGUGGUUCCAGAUAAACUGUGGGCAUUGAUUGCAAGCCGAAUCAAGAACAUUCUUGGGUUAGCUCUAGACUUCUACUCCGUUCAGCAGACUUUAAGUAGUGGUGGAGGUGCCCUUGCAAUCAAGGCAAGAUGUGAAAUGGAAGUGGACCGGAUUGAGAAACAAUUUGAUGACUGUGUUGCUUUUCUUCUGAGAGUCUUGUCCUUCAAGCUCAAUGUGGGGCACUUUUCUCAUUUGGCAGAUUUGGUUACAAGAAUCAACUACAACUACUACUACAUGUCUGAUAGUGGUAACUUGCUAACUGUCCCUGGUGCUGAAAGUGCUGUUUCUAAGCUGGGUAAAGGGCUUUCUGGUCAGGCCUGAUGGAUAAGGGUAGAAUGGCCAGCCUGUCAAUUAUGGUUUGUAAAAGCAUAUUUAUAUCUUAAUGUCUGCUUAUUUGAGUUGUACAGAAUUUAGAAAUGGCUUUUCCUUUUAGUGUUUUUUUUUGUGACAACAAUGAGAACCAGAACAAGCUCUGUGUUUAUCAUGUAAACACAGAGAACUGGAAGGUGGUCCUACGUGGUAAAGAAAACAGCAAUUGAAGGGACGCAAAGGAAAUUGAGCAUGGUCCAUGUUGAAGAAUACAGUGCUUUUAAUCAUGAACAUUAGCGAAUUGCCCCUGACCAAUAACAGUUUUUCCAGUAUACGAAUCUUGUAAUUUUGAAAGACGGUUAUCUACUUCUCUAGACUAAAUUUGCUGCAAAUUUUCCAGUUGGUGG